CGAUGACGGUGGCGUUUGCGAAAGUCGCGGUCGCGGUGGCAUCCUGCAUCGUGGCGCCACUGGUCGUGCUCUUUGUUCGACCUCAUGCCGAGUGGAGCUACAUGGAUGCGCUGUGCCAGCGAAUCCUGAGCUGCAUGACGCCCUUGGACAUCGCGGUCGUUCGCUUUGGCUUUGCAUGGUUUGGACGGCUACAGAGACUUGUUUAUUGGCCUGCAGCUGUAGUAGAUUCGCCGACUGUGAAAGGCCUGUGGUACGGCGACGCGACAACCCCCCUUUGCGAUGCUGUGGUCAUCUUGUUUGUCCAUGGCGGAGGGUUUCUUUCGGGCACGGCGGACUGCAUGUCCACGGGGCUCUUUCAGCCAUUGCUCGGCCGUCUGCAAAACUCGUUGCGAGCUGUCCGGUUGUUCAGUGUCGAGUACGACCUGGCACCGGAACAUCCCUAUCCUCGCGCCAUCAACCAAGCCUUGGACGCGUAUUUGUGGCUUCUCGACCAAGGAGUUGCCUCGACCAACAUCCUCUUGAUGGGGGACUCUGCAGGCGGCAACGCAGUUCUGUCGCUGUUGCAACGAGGUCGACAACAAAACGUUGCGAUGCCAGCGUGCGGAGUCCUCAUUUCGCCGUGGGUCGACUUGUCCGUCUCAACUCCUUCGUACGAUGUCAAGACAGACAUCUUUACCAAGUAUGUCGUGUACUCUUAACCCGAUCACGGAUGCCGAGCCCUUUGCAGGAACACCAUCGUUGCGUGGCGCAAUCUUUAUCUGGGCAACGACUUGACCAAAAUGAUCGAGGCUUCCCCAGGCCUGCAGCCCCUCGAGGGCUUGCCCCCUUUGCUGGUCAUGUACGGACAAACAGAGCUCAUGGCGAAUGACAUUUCGGCCUUUUGUGCCAAGGCGAAGCACACUCAUUUGGACUUGACCGAGUAUGUGCAUCCGCAUCUGUACCACGAUUUUGUAAUGCUUCCACUGGGAAAGCCCUCCCACGAUGCAGUUGCAGCCAUUGCACGAUUUGCUGAAUCGAAAAUGCAGUGACGAAAG